AUGCCACUUGCUCUUGAGAAGCCACCAACACCACCAUCGUCACUAAGAUCAAAGCACACCAAAUACUUACAACUUAUAAAGUACAAGGUCCUCAAUACUAACAGGAACCCCUACAGACACCUCACCACCAUCAGGAACCCAGACACACCACCAUCAGGAACCCCCACAGACUUACCACCAUCAGGAACCCCCACACUUACCACCAUCAGGAACCCCCACAGACAAUACCACCAUCAGGAACCCCCACAGACACUUUACCACCAUCAGGAACCCACAGAUAAUUACCACCAUCAGGAACCCCCCCACAGACACUUACACCAUCAGGAACCCCCACAGACACCUACCACCAUCAGGAACCCAGUUACCACCAUCAGAACCCCCACAGACAACCCACCAUUUACCACCAUCAGGAACCCCCACAGACACUUUACCACCAUCAGGAACCCCACAGGACACCUUACCACCAUCAGGAACCCCCACAGACAACUUACCACCAUCAGGAACCCCCACAGACACUUUACCACAUCAGGAACCCCCACAGACAACUGGACCACCACUCCAGGAACCCCCACAGACACUUACCACCAUCAGGAACCCCACAGACACUUACCACCAUCAGGAACCCCCACAGACACCUUACCACCAUCAGGAACCCCCACAGACACCUUGCCACCAUCAGGAACCCCCACAGACACCUUACCACCAUCAGGAACCCCCACAGACAACCCACCACCAGGAACCCCACAGACACCUUACCACAUCAGGAAACCCCCACAGACACUUACCACCAUCAGGAACCCCCACAGACACCCCGACGGAACCCACAGACACCUUACCACAGGAACCCCCACAGACACCUUACCACCAUCAGGAACCCCACAGACACCACAUCAGAACCCCCACAGACACUUACCACCAUCAGGAACCCCCACAGACAACCACCAUCAGGAACCCCCACAGACACCUUACCCACGACAGGAUACCACCAUCAGGAACACAGACACCUACCACCAUCAGGAACCCCCACAGACACCUUACCACCAUCAGGAACCCCACAGACUGGAACCCCCACAGACACCUCAUAAAUUACAAACCCAGUUGCUGUUUUGCGAGACUCGACUUACCACCACAGCAGAA